CAAGCUCGCGGAGCCGGCGACGCAGCAAGGGAUACGGUACCCUCCCGUCCACGCGACGACAGGACAGACACCCACCCCAUCACCGGAAGCACCGCCAAAGCCCAAAGCCGGCCAAUUCCGACGCCAUGGCCGACGUCGACGACGACGCUGUCCUCUCCGACGUCGACGAGGACCCACUCCCGCCCCCCUCCACCUCUUCCGCCUCUUCCCACAAAUCCCUUCCACAAGCUCAACCCCAAUCACAGUCCGAUGCCCAGGCGCAGCAGCAGCGGCUGCUGGACCUGGCCGCGGAGCUCGAGGAGGAGCGCCGCCUCCGCCGCGCAGCCGAGGCCUCCCUCGCAGAGGCCGAGCCCCGCGUCGCCCGCUUCAAGGCCUUCGCGCAGGAAGCGCUCCGCAAGCGCGACGACCUCACCGCCCAAGCCGCGGCCUCCGCGCGGUCCCUCGCCGCGCUCCAGGCCGAGGCCGCCACCGCCUCCUCCAUGCUCUCCUCUGGCUUCGAGAGGAUCUCCGCCAAGGCCUCCCCUUCCUCGCCCCCCGCACCGCUCCCGACCUCCCAGAAGUACUCCUCCGGCCUCCCGGCCCUCGCGUACGGCGUUCUCAAGCGCGCCAACGAUAUCGUCGACGAACUCCUCGCCCAGAUCGACGCCGCUAACCGCGACCGCGAUCGCGCGCGGGAGCAGAUGGAACACCGCAACUACCAGAUCGCCAUCGAGGUCUCUGAGCUUGAGGCAUCGCUCGCAUCCAGGUCUGCCGAGGGCGAAUCCCUCUCCAAGUCCCUCUCCCAGCGUGAAGCCGAGAUCUCCGAGCUCCGUGAUAAAAUCACCUCUCUCGAGGGGAAGCUCGCCGCGCAGAGGCCCGUGCUCGCGGAACAGAUCGGGUGCACCUCGAAGCUGUAUCACGAGAUGCGGGAGGUGGUCAAGCUGGUCGAUGCCGAAGCUGUCAGUGCCCUAUCGGACUCGGUUUUUGUCUGGAAGGAGACUGACGUCGAGGAGAGCCUCAAGGUGUCUCUGGAAGGGACGAAAUUGGCCUAUGAGCUUGCGGCAAUAGCUCUGGAGAAGGUUGGGGCUUGUAUCGAUGACAAGGAGAGCAAGCUUAGACGUUUGGAGAACAUGGUGGAUGGACUGAUUAAAGAGAAGGAGCACAUUAGUGUACUGCUCCGGAACGCACUGCAGGCCACCACAAGUGAGGUGUUAAAGGUUGCAGAGGAUGGUCUGAGAGAAGCUGGCAUUGAGAUUGGACUUAACGAGCGAAAGGAGCACAUGCUAGGGAGUGUGGAGAAGGACGAGGUUUAUACCCUGGCAGGGGCUCUUGAGAAUACCAUGAAGGAGUCUCAGGUCAAAAUUAUUGAGCUCCAACAUCUUGUCGAAGCACUAAGGGCGGAGUCUGGUUUACUUAGAACAAGGCUAGAAGGGCAAGAGAAGGAGAUUGGUCAGCUAAGAAAGCAAAUAAAAAAUCUUGAAGAGAAGGAGAAGGUGGCAAAUGAAAGCGUUGAGGGUCUGAUGAUGGACGUGACAGCUGCUGAAGAGGAGAUUAAACGGUGGAAGAUGGCAGCAGAGGAGGAAGCUGAAGCUGGUAGAUCAAUUGAACAAGAGUUCCAAAUUCAGAUAUCAUCCCUUCGCAAGGAGUUGGACGAAGCAAACCGAGCUAUGGUGGAGCUAGAAAACAAGCUGAAGUUCAAGGAAGAGACAGCUGCUGCUGCAAUGGCGGCACGCGAUGCUGCAGAGAAGUCUCUAAAGCUAGCAGAUACGCGAUCGUCCAGGCUACGUGAGAGGCUGGAGGAGCUCAACAAGCAGCUCGAAGAAUCAGAUACGAGAACCGAGUCGGUGAAUCGCAAUGGCCAUAGGUACAUGUGCUGGCCAUGGCAGUGGCUGGGACUGAACUACGUGCAGUUACCUCUAGCGGAGACAGACCAGACGUCCAACGAGAUGGAGCUAUCUGAGCCCCUAAUAAUAUAGGUGCUCCGACCUCCAUACUUGUACAGAUUACAGAUAUAUACAGAUCCUGCUCUUUCACUAGAUAAGGGGGAACAGUAGUUUUUUUUUUGGGAGGGGGGUUGGGUUGAUGGGUUCUUGUGUAGAUGUUUUCGCAAUUUCUUGAUGCAUGCUUUGCGGAAAACGGGCGGGUGCUGGAAGGCGCCGUGUAAUUGUAAAAGGUACCACUUAGUGAAGAUGCUGAGAAGUUCAUUCUUUGACAAGAUUGUUCUUG